CUGGCGGCCAACUCGGGCCUUGUGGCGUACAGCCGCACCACGCUGCUCGAGCUGGAGAGCUGGCUGCUCUACCAGUGGCUAGCGCGCGAUUGCCCUCGCCCGCGCUCCUGCUGACAGGCUGCGGUCGCGACAGAGAGGUCAGAGGUCAGAGGUUGGAGAUCAUUGUAGCGGACGACGCACCCAUGGUGGACGUGAUGUCAGAGGGCUUCAGGGCGCGUGACAUCGGGCUGCGGGCGCAGAAGAAGAUCCUGAGCCGCAUGGCCAACAAGAGCGUGGCCAAGGUGUUCAUCGACGACACGACGGCCAGCCUGCUCGACAACGUCUACAAGCUCGCCAAAGCUUACACGGGCAACAAGAAGGAGGCGGAGAAGCUGGUGAAGAACAUCAUCAAGGUGGUGAUCAAGCUGGGCGUGCUGUACCGCAACGGGCAGUUCUCGUCGGAGGAGCUGUCGCACGCGGAGCGCUUCAAGGGCCGCUUCCACGCCGCCGCCAUGGCCGUCGUCAGCUUCUACGAGGUGGACUUCAGCUAUGACCGCCACUACCUGCUGACGGCGCUGGGCGAGGCGCGCGCCGCGCUGCGGCUGCUGGUGCAGCGCCACCUCACGGACAAGUCGCUGGCGCGCGUCGACGCCGUCUUCGCCUUCUUCGCCAACGCCGCUUUCCUCGACGCCGUCUUCCGCAAGGACUCGGAGCACCGCGAGCUGCUCGCGCGCAUCGUCGCCGACAUGAACCGCGCCAUGGACGAGGGCGGCAUGUGAGCGCCCCCCCACACACACAAUUGCGCACAAUAGGAUGAAACUCGACACGAAUAAGCAUUGUAGAUCCAAACACGAUAUCACGUUCAAUAUCACGUAAUGUAACAGCGCUGCCAUUGUGCGAAUGUGUUGGAGUGGUUCAAUCACACAAGUGACCAUGUUGCUGUUAAGGAAUACUUAAGGGUUAUCACGGAAUAAAACCUUCAAUUUUUUUGAAAUUCUCCAAAGAGAAACAAUUUGGCACUUACAUAGGUACGAACUGUUUAUUUCAAAAGAGCACCAGAUAUUUUCCCUGGGUCUUUUUAUCGGAUUUUACGAAAGUUUUCAUCCAAGUGUGUGCGAUUUAAAAUUUGAUUUCAUGUAUUAUCAGAUAACAAAAAAAUUCAGUUACAUCCAUAAAUGAUGGGUUUUUGUUUCUUGAGGGCAGGAUUGAGAGCACUACAGUGUUCCAAAGAUUUUUCGAAUAUCGAUAAUUCAUGGAAACGGAGCGGGGGCCGGCACAUCGCCAUGCAUGGAGUGGGGCGGAGCGUGUGAUGUUGGUGCAAGAACAGAGUACGUUGGUGACGAAGUGGAAGCGUGGGCAAGGGCGAGAAGCUUUCUGUAAGACUCCAGUGUCGCAGAAGAACCGCGCACAAGAACGGCAGGAAGCGACCAAGUUGAA